AUGUCAUCAUUAAAAGUAAUUAAAUCUCGUAUUAAAUCAGUUGGUAAUACUAAAAAAAUAUCACAAACAAUGAAAUUAGUAUCAUCAGCAAAAUAUUCACGUUCACAAAAAGAAUUAAUACAAGCACGUAAAUUUGGUGUUUGUCCAAAAUUAUUAUUUGAUUAUACUGAAUUACAACCAAAUAAAUCACCAAAUUCACAAUUAUUUGUUGCAAUAACAAGUGAUCGUGGUUUAUGUGGUGCAAUAAAUUCUGAUAAAAUUAUAUUAGUUGCAUCUGAAGUUGGAAAAAAAUCAUUAACAUUUAUUGAUGCUGCACCAAAAUUUCCAUUAUAUGAUGGUAUUAAUGAUGAUACUAUUGAUUGUUGGCUUGAAUUUUCAAUUACAACAAUGAUUUAUUGGAUAAUUAAAGAAUCAUCAACAAGUGAAUAUGCAGCACGUAUGACAUCAAUGGAAAAUGCAACUAAAAAUGCAUCAGAUAUGAUUAAAAAUCUUUCACUUGAAUAUAAUCGUACAAGACAAGCUGUUAUUACUGGUGAACUUAUUGAAAUAAUAUCUGGUGCAAGUGCUCUUAAAUAG